CUGGAAUUUUUACGGAACUCCGCAAACGGGGCCGCAAAAGAUUCUUUUUUUUUUUUUACUUCACUGAGCAGCGUCAGACCACGCAGCAGGCCGCUGCGGGUCUGGAGGCCCCAGCUUUGUCAUUUGGGGAUGUUUUCAGUGAAAUGUGUGUCUUCAGAUACAGGCAUGCAUUCCUCUAGAGAUAAGUCCCCUGGCCCCCCUUCCCCGGGGCCCUCCUCCCUGGCUCUUGGCAGCCCUCCCACCACACACGGCCCUGCUCACUCAAGUGUGUGUGAGUCUGGGUGUGAACGUGUGACGGCCUGUGUGUGUGUGUGAGAGUGCGCGCCGUGUUUACGUUGGACACGUUCACUGUGUGCACACUCAGCGGCACUGUGCUGCCGGGCCGACGGAGAGACAUGUUGCGUGUUUGAGUGAAACGGAGAGGAAGACAGAGGAAGAGGAAGAAAGGACUGAAAGAAGAAGUGCUGGAGAUGCCAGGCAGGACCUUUGGAGCGGAUGCAGGGAACAGCUUCCUGCGGGCGGCCCGCUCUGGGAACCUGGAUAAGGCCCUGGACCAUAUCAAGAACGGUAUCGACAUCAACACAGCCAAUCAGAAUGGGCUCAACGGGCUGCACUUGGCUUCUAAAGAAGGCCACGUUAAGAUGGUGCUGGAGCUGCUGCACAACGGCAUCGUCCUGGAGACCACCACAAAAAAAGGGAACACAGCUCUGCAUAUCGCCGCCCUGGCGGGACAGGAGCAGGUGGUGGCCGAGCUGGUGAACUACGGGGCCAACGUUAACGCUCAGUCUCAGAAGGGCUUCACACCCCUCUACAUGGCCUCUCAAGAGAAUCAUCUAGAGGUUGUGAAGUUUCUCCUUGAGAACGGAGCCAAUCAGAGCAUUCCAACUGAGGAUGGCUUUACCCCUCUGGCCGUGGCUCUUCAGCAGGGACACGAGAACGUUGUCGCCCUGCUCAUCAACUACGGCACCAAGGGCAAAGUCCGCCUCCCCGCGCUGCACAUCGCCGCCCGCAACGACGACACGCGCACCGCCGCCGUGCUGCUGCAAAACGACCCCAACCCGGACGUGCUCAGCAAGACUGGCUUCACCCCUCUUCACAUCGCAGCGCACUACGAGAACCUCAACGUGGCCCAGCUGCUGCUCAACAGGGGGGCCAACGUCAACUUCACCCCCAAGAAUGGUAUCACUCCCCUCCACAUUGCGGCCAGACGGGGGAACGUGAUCAUGGUGAGGCUCCUCCUGGAUCGAGGAGGACAGAUCGACGCCAAGACCAAGGAUGAGCUCACCCCCCUGCACUGUGCAGCCAGGAACGGACAUGUGAGGAUCAUCGAGAUCCUGCUGGACCACGGGGCCCCCAUCCAGGCCAAGACCAAGAACGGCCUCUCCCCGAUCCACAUGUCGGCGCAGGGCGACCAUAUGGACUGCAUCAAGCAGCUGCUGCAGUACAACGCAGAGAUCGAUGACAUCACCCUGGACCACCUGACGCCCCUGCACGUGGCGGCCCACUGCGGCCACCACCGCAUGGCCAAGGUGCUGCUGGACAAAGGAGCCAAGCCCAACUCCCGCGCCCUGAACGGUUUCACUCCGCUGCACAUCGCCUGUAAAAAGAACCACAUGCGGGUGAUGGACCUGCUGCUGAAGCACUCUGCGUCGCUGGAGGCCGUGACCGAGUCUGGCCUCACCCCGCUCCACGUGACCUCAUUUAUGGGUCAUCUGAACAUCGUGAAGAUCCUCCUGCAGAAGGGAGCUUCACCCAGUGCUUCCAAUGUGAAAGUGGAGACCCCUCUCCACAUGGCGUCGCGGGCCGGGCACCGUGAGGUGGCUGAGUUCCUGCUGGAGAACGCAGCGCCAGUGGAUCCUAAGGCCAAGGACGACCAGACGCCGCUGCACUGCGCGUCUCGGAUGGGCCACAAGGAGGUGGUGAAGCUGCUCCUGGAGCACAAAGCCGACCCCAACGCCACCACCACGGCGGGCCACACCCCCCUGCACAUCGCCGCCCGCGAGGGCCACGCCCAGACCAUCCGCAUGCUGCUGGACAUGGACGCCCAGCAGACCAAGAUGACAAAGAAAGGCUUCACUCCGCUGCACGUGGCCUCAAAGUACGGGAAGGUCGACGUGGCCGAGCUGCUGCUGGAGCGAGGGGCCAAUCCCAACGCUGCUGGCAAGAACGGCCUGACUCCACUACAUGUGGCCGUUCAUCACAACAACCUGGAUGUGGUUAACCUGCUGGUCAGCAAAGGAGGCUCCCCACAUAGCGCUGCUCGGAACGGCUACACCCCGCUCCACAUCGCCUCCAAGCAGAACCAGGUGGAGGUGGCCAGCACCCUGCUGCAGUACGGGGCGUCGGCCAACGCAGAGUCCCUGCAGGGCGUCACGCCGCUGCACCUGGCCUCCCAGGAGGGCCGCCCCGACAUGGUGGCCCUCCUCAUCUCCAAACAGGCCAACGUCAACCUGGGGAACAAGAGUGGACUGACCCCGCUCCACCUCGUGGCCCAGGAGGGACACGUGGGCAUCGGGGACAUCUUGGUGAACCAGGGGGCGUCCGUCUACGCCGCUACACGGAUGGGCUACACCCCUCUCCAUGUAGCAUGUCACUAUGGCAACAUCAAGAUGGUGAAGUUCCUGCUGCAGGGACAAGCCAACGUCAACAGCAAAACUAGGGUGGACUACACCCCGCUGCACCAGGCCGCCCAGCAGGGACACACAGACAUAGUGACCCUGCUGCUGAAGCAUGCGGCACAGCCCAACGAGCUGACCACGAACGGCAUGUCCGCCCUGGCCAUCGCUAAGAGGCUGGGCUACAUCUCCGUCAUCGACGUCCUGAAGCUGGUCACAGAGGAGACGGCCACCAUGACGACCACAGAGAAGCAUCGCAUGAGUUUCCCGGAGACGGUGGAUGAGAUCCUGGACGUGUCAGAGGAUGAAGGAGUUGCACAGCUAACACUAGGGGAGGAGCUGGCCACGGACGGCGCCAGGUACAUGAAGAUGGAUGACUUGAAAGACCAUGAUGACGAUUUCCUGUCCCCAAAGAAAUCCAUGGAGUACGAGAGAGGGCUAGGCACAGCGAACCUGUCCCCGUCACUCCCCAGGAUCCCCCGCGUGUCUCCGGAGACGGUGCUGCUGAAGGAGCAGGAGGUGGAGCAGCUACACACUCCUCUUCCUCUACCCAAAGAGUACGACGACGACUCGCUGAUCCCGAGCAGCCCGGCGACUGAAACGUCGGACAACGUCAGCCCGGUGGCCAGCCCCAUACACACCGGGUUCCUGGUGAGCUUCAUGGUGGACGCUCGCGGCGGCUCCAUGCGGGGCAGCAGACACAACGGCCUGCGCGUCAUCAUCCCGCCCCGGACCUGCGCCGCGCCCACGCGCAUCACCUGCCGCCUGGUGAAGCCCCAGAAGCUGACCACGCCCCCGCCCCUGGUGGAGGGCGAGGGGCUGGCCAGCCGCAUCAUCUCCCUGGGCCCAGCCGGAAUGCAGUUCCUGGGGCCGGUGAUAGUGGAGAUCCCUCACUUCGCGGCUCUGGGCCGGGGGGACAGGGAGCUGGUGGUCCUGAGGAGUGAGAACGGCUCCGUGUGGAAGGAGCACCGCAAUCGCUACGGCGACGAGGUGCUGGAGACCAUCCUCAACGGGAUGGACGAGGACCUGGAGAGCCAGGAGGAGCUCGGCAAGAAGCGCAUCCGCCGCAUCAUCUCCACCGACUUCCCGCUCUACCUGGCCGUGGUGUCGCGCGUGCAGCAGGAGAGCGACCUGAUUGGCCCUGAGGGGGGUGCCCUCACCAGCAAGCUGCUGCCCAUGGUGCAGGCGUCCUUCCCCGAGACGGCCGUCACCAAGAGGGUCCGCCUGGGGCUGCAGGCCCAGCCGGUUCCAGACGAGCUAGUGGCAAAGCUGCUGGGGAACCAGGCCAACUUCAGCCCUGUGGUGACGGUUGAGCCGCGCCGACGCAAGUUCCACCGGCCCAUCGGCCUGCGCAUCCCGCUGCCCCCGUCCUGGAGGGACAGCCCGCGGGACGCUGGGGAGGGGGACACCACCAGCCUUCGCCUCCUCUGCUCCGUCAUAGGAGGCACGGCCCCGGCCCAGUGGGAGGACAUCACCGGCACCACCAAGCUGCUCUACACCAACGAGUGCGCAAACUUCACCACCAACGUGUCCGCGCGGUUCUGGCUGGCGGACUGCCCCCGGACGGCGGAGGCAGUGGCCUUCGCCAACCUGCUGUACCGAGAGCUGUCGGCCGUGCCCUACAUGGCCAAGUUUGUGGUGUUCGCCAAGAUGAACGAGGUCCGCGAGGGCCGCCUGCGCUGCUACUGCAUGACGGACGACAAGAUGGACAAAACCCUGGAGCAGCACGAGAACUUCAACGAGGUGGCCCGCAGCCGGGACAUAGAGGUGAUGGAAGGUAUGCCUCUCCACCUUGAGUGUUCAGGGAACCUGGUGCCCAUCAGGAAGGCCACCCAGCAGCCUCGCUGUUUCAGCUUCCAGGCCUUCAAGGAUAACAGGCUUCCUGUCUCCGUCAAGGUGAGAGACAGCAGCAAGGAUCCCACUGGAUAUUUGUCGUUCCUCCGCAAGUCCACCAAGUAUGAAGACAGCCAACAAGUCCUCUGCAACCUCAACAUCACCAUGCCCCCGUGCGCCAGGGCGGUUGGGAGUGAAGACCGGAGACGCACACUGACCCCACUAGCUCUGAGGGAGAGAUACAGCGCUAUGAAUGAGCCGGCCAUGGGUAUCAAUUCUGCUGUGGUUUCUGCAGCGGCCAUGACUGCCAUGGAAAGGACAGAGUUAAAGAUGGCUCUGAUCGCAGAACAGCUGGGACUGAGCUGGGCUGAGCUAGCCCGUGAGCUCCAGCUCAGUGUGGAUGACAUCAACAAGAUCCGGGUGGAGAACCCCAACUCGCUGUUGGAGCAGAGCUCUGCGCUGCUCAAUCUAUGGGCUACCAGGGAGGGCAAGAGGGCCAAGAGUGAGUACAUGAGAAUGGAGAGUCUGUACGUGGCCCUGAGGAGCAUCGACCGCAUGGACAUCGUCACCAUGCUGGAGGGGCCGCCCCCCCAGCCCCAGGGCCGGCAGGGCUCUCGGGAGCUCAACCGCUGCCGGCCAAGCGAGAGAGAGCACCUCUCCCCGGGCCUGACCAAUGGUUAUGGGCUGGUGCAGGACGAGCUCCUCUCACCGGCCUCCAUGCAGUACAGCCUGCCCUCGCCGCUGGGCGCCGAGCCCUUCUGGCAGGAGGUCUCCAGCCUGGAGUGCGCGCCCAUCGCCACCACCGAGGAAGACACGCUCAUGGAGAUGUCCGACGUGCAGGUGUGGCCCUCGGGCAACAGCCCCUCCCUGGUGGCCGUGGAGGACUCCUCGCUGGAGUGCAGCCACGCCGACGACUUGGAGGGCACGCCGGGCACGCCCCACGGGGGCCCGUGCCGGCCCCCCAGCCAGGCCAGCGUGGGCGGGGGCGGGGCGGGGCUGGGCCACGGCUCCAUAGAGCUGGCCGAAGACGACUCGGAGAUGGGCGUGGACUCGCUGAGCACCGCCACCGCCACGCCGGGCUCGCUGGGGGGCACCAUCGCCGGCUUCAAUGCCAACGGACUGAAUCGCGGUCAGGGGUCAGAGGUCAAUUCGGAGGCUUUGGCGUUUGCGAGCAUGAACAGCGAAGAUGGAACCAGGGGAGGAGGAAGAGGAGGAGGAGGAGGAAGAGAACAAGGAGGGCCGGGCUCAGAGGAAGGGCUUUCUCUCGUUGCAGGACAGCAGAGGGUGUACGCGCGGCUGAGCGAGUCCCCAGGUCUGAGCAAUGUUACGGACCGGAGUGCAGACAGGUCAGGGAGUGGAGGCGGUGGAUCUUUUCUGUCCUACCUGCAGGAGCAGACCGGGCCCGGCUGGAUGCCCGUCACCGACCCCACCCAGGCGUGGGUGGGCACCCAGGCCAGGCCCCGGCAGGCCGUAGACAGCGUGGCGUCGGCGGUGCGGGACGUGAGGGACGCAGACCCGGUGCGCCUGUCCCAGGAGGCCCUGCUGCAGCCGGUGAGGGACAUGGGCCACUCGGAGAUCCUGAGGGGACACUUCAGAGGCACGCAGCCCUUUGAGAAGGGGCUGGGGUUCCCCCACCGCGUCCCGGACCUGAGGACCUGGGACGACGUGCGCCUCAGGGGCCAGGGCGAUGAGGUGGAGGACCUCGCUGGGGAGCACGUCAGUGAGGAGCAGUUCACGGAUGAACAUGGAAACAUCGUCACUAAGAAGAUUGUGCGUAAGGUUGUGCGCCGAGGGAAGGGGUCAGGUGAGGAGGGGGGUCAGGAGGGCAGCCUGGAGGGUUCUCUGGAGGACACCAACGAGAUGGAGGGCGACCUGGAGCAGCUCAUGAACUACGCCGUCCUGGGUCGCGACAGCAGCAAGCCGGAUAUUAUGGAUGUGAAGAAAGGGGCUCAGAUAGUGCAGUGUGCCACUCUGCGGCGGGUAAAGCAGUGAGGCAGACAGAGGGGCGGAGCCCUGCAGGCCUCCCCACAGGAUCUCCCAACCUCACCGAAACCAUCCUACAUAGACACAUGACGGACAACGGGGGGUGGCGGAGAGACCUCCUCGGAGGAGCAGCGGACACCGACGAAACGUACACACAGCUAGCGGCCACACGACCAUCAGCGCCGCCAACAGGAAGUGGAUCUACUGUCGUUUUUUCUUACUUCCUUUUUUUUUUUAAAGAAACUCUAAAAAAAGAACAUGGGGUUCUAGGUUAGACGCAUGAUUUUUUCGUACAAAAAAAAACCAAACCAAACUCAAACAAACAAAAAAAGCAACCAAAACGUGCUUCCUGUUAUCUGUUCAGCAUGCUGAUUGCUGCUGCAUGGCCUGUCUUUAGCUACCAGUAAAGAGAGAUCUAGGGUGGGGGGGCCGGAGAGGACGUCUAGGCUCUUAUGCCACGUAGGGUUCGUCAGACUGGCCCUUUCUCUCCAUUACUCUGGGAAAAGAAAAAAAUGUGUGUGAAUUUGCAUAAUCUCUAGGCAACAGGUUUGUAUCUCUCCAUAUUCCCGCCAGUCGGACCACAUCACAGACCAGUAUGCCAAACCACCACGUCCACGUCCCAGUGCUCAAAGUCCAGUACGCUACACUACCACCAAAGGAAAGCUGUGCUGUACAUAACCUGGUGUUGGGAUGUGUACCUCGUGUUGUUCGUGUUGUUAGGACCCUACACCAUCACCAUGCUGCUCUUCAGAACCUGUGGUGUUACUUUGUGUUCAUCUGGCUUGUUCCAACCUAACUCUAUAUAUAUAAUAUAUAUAUAUAUAUAUAUAUAUAUAUAUAUAUAUAUAUACAUACAUAAGAUAUAUACUAUUAUUCUAUCUACAUCUCCUGAACCCUAUGUGCACGCGAACAAGCAGACCUCUGUUGUGUUGCUCUGUAUUAUUGGUCCUUUAUGUUGGUGUCCGGAUUAGUGAUUUAAACAAGAUGCCACCCUGCACCUUCUGACCGAUCACGGUCUGGAAGGCACCAGUGGGCUCCACCCCCUCGCCCGUCCCUCCCCUCAGACCUCUGAGGGCAGCCUUUUGUAGUAGAUGUAGCAGCAGUCUUGUCAUCCCCCAACAGGGGGCAGGAUUUCACUUACACUUAGUAGCUUUAAUGUCUGACGUGAAUCUUGACCUUACAGUAGUAGACUGCUAUUAGUACUCAUGGAGUGGUACAAACAUAUAAAGAAUUUCAGCAAUUACUGUUGAUGUCACUUUGAUGUUGGGUAUAGGGGGGGAGUCCUAACGGUUAUAAUGUAGCUAUGAUGUGGUCAGGGAGCUGGACCGGGGCUUGGAGGGCCGGAGUCCAACGUGUCUGAGCGCUCGUGUUGAGCAUCAAUGUUUGUUUUCUUGACAGUUAAGGACAGUCAGUCGCCGAUCACUGUGAUGAGAAACUGUAAUACUGACCCCGUUACUGUGAGCCUGGGAACCUGCUUCCUCGCCCUGGUUCUUGUCUCACUUCCAAACCUUUUAGUUCCUACUUUACUGUCCGACCUUCAGAAGCAAUAAGAACUAUGAGCGGAUGUGUGUGCGUGUGUGUUGCUGCGUGUGAUCCCAUAUCAUAUUCAAACUUAAUUUUCUCUUCUAACCAUAGCUAUACACUUCUAUUAAAAAUGAUGUCAACACAUUACUGUUUAUCUAAGGAGCCGUAUUGUUUAAGGAACAGGGAUAGUUUGAGUUUAUCUGUAUAUCCCCCGUCAUGCUGCCCAUGGUUUUGCAACAUCCCUCAUCAGGAGGAUGUGUCCUUAAUAUCAUUCAUGCUGAGCUCAAAAGAAGUUGAAUGUUUGUUUAUUUGCGUGUGCAGACGAACGUGUUUGUGUGUGCGUGACAGAGAAAGUGACACGGACACACAAGAGAAAGGUUUUUUAAGAAUCACCAACUCAGUAAUGCAAUGAGGAGAUGGAUAUAUAGCGACUGCAUAGAAAUAUUUUUGGAGAAGGAACUCACGACAUACAAGACAGCGAUCCACCCAGCAUGUUUUUUUGUACAUACCAGAUGCUUUGGUUUUCCUACUUCAUGGACCAUCACCUCGUUCUAGUUGCCGCACAAAUAUGUAAACUCACAAGGACUCAACAACCGCACACCUUCGAGGUUUAGUUCAACUCUGCAGCCAGACAUGACAUAGAGGAAUGUAACUUCACAACAUACACGUCUGUAGAACUGCUCGAUUCUCCUUUGGAAGAUGACUCCUGGCACUCAGUUAUUUUACACCCGUGCUUUCCCUUUCAUUUGAAAUAUACUGAUUAUCUUCUAUGACGAGAGAAACACAAGAUUGUUUACGGAGUCAUAUCUACACCUAAAUUGUGUUACUUUUUCUUUACUGCAUCCAUGGCUUCUGUUCAAAAUAUUCUCACUUUUUUCUCACAAGCAUUUCGUGACUGAGAAAUGUUUUUAAAUUCUAAGUGUGAAUUGGGUUUUAUUUUAUAGGACACUUAACAAAAGUGAUAACGUUGGUGGUGCAGAUUCAUUAAAUAUAUUUUUCAUUUUGAAAAAUACAAUACAAUAACAGUCAAUACGGUUGAGGUGCACAGUGAUGAGGAAAAGUCAACGAAUAGCUUUGUAGCGGUUGAGAGCUGGAUGCAACACAUGUUUUUAUUAUUAUUCUUAGGUCCUGGUUAAUAGACUCUGACAGGCUCUGCUCGCCCAAUAGGCCACUAUGAGAUGCUCCUGACUGUAAGAUCUGUUGUCUCGAAGAGUGAAGGAGCAUAUCAUCAACACUAGAACAUAUCAACCUCCUCGUGGUUUCAUGAGUUGUAGUUCUGAACAGGAGCACCACUCCUGAAGCCAGCCCUGAAGCCAGAGAGCGUUGAGGACUGAGUGUUUCUGAGAGCAGGCUUGAGGGACGUUUAGUGAUCCAACUGUUGGCUCGGUGCACUCAGCAGCCAGACUUUCAAGAUGACAAGCAUUACCCCUCAACACAGCAAAACCUUCCUCAAUCUACCGCUGCCCCCACCCAGCUUCUUUUGCCAAAUAGGAGCCUCUCAGCCGGGUGUAGGGCUGUCCGCAGGGGUCUGGAACCAGACGCUAUCCAACGGGCCGGGACAGAGAAGGCCACAAGUGCACGGAGACAUUGGAGCGUCAGAUGUGUUCAACCAGAGGAAGAACAACCAACCAAACCUUGCACUUGUGGAAUAAUGAGACGAAGACAUGCAUCGAGUUCAUGCAAAAAUAUUAUACUGUUGCAAAAACUAGAGAUCACAUGUAUAUUCCUUUUAGAAUGGAUUGAAGAUAUUAUUAACGCAAUAGCAUAUUACUCAAUACUAAGGAAUGCAACUGCGCACAUGCACAGAAUAUGUUUUUGACAUAAAAGCUAUAUAUAUAUGAAAUAUAUGAAAAAUCUCUAUAUAUAUAUAUUUACUUAGAAUGCUAUGCACCCUUACUUAUCAACUGGGAUUCUAAUUAUGUUAUGGAUGUACUUUUAGCAUCAUACAGCUGUAGCUACCAGGGACCUGCUCUGGGUAAUGCCUGCACCCUGGGGGAAUAGGGGCCUUGUGGGGAUUUUAACUUGUUGGUUUGCUUUUUUUUAUUGGUAUGGAGAGUCAAAUAUGAAUAAAAAAAUAUAUAUGUGAAAGCCUUUUAAUCAAAUAAAAUUGGAAGACAUCUGUUGAAAAAUUUACUCUGUACACCAGCUCAACAUUUGCAAAAUUAAUAAAGAAAUCAAACAGUUA